CAGCACUCUGCACCUUCCCGUUUCGGGGCUGACGCGUUCGUGCGGAUGCUGCAGCCAGGCGCUGCGGGCAGCGGCAGGGGACUCUCCAGGGCCAAGGGCUCUGGGUUGCCGUUGGUGAAGUGAAACCUCUGAACUUCUGCCACAGCAAUGAACUGGCGAGGCUGGAACCAACCCUGUCCUCACCGUGGCCUGCAGCUGGCCACUGUCCCUGCCCGCGCCUUGUCACACGAGGAUGGUGCAGGCAGGACUGUGGCUCUGUGGUGCUGGCAGGGUGCAGGCAGGAGCCACCUGCCCAUCUCCAGCGGGACACCCAUCCACAGCUCCAGCCGCUCUCCCAAGACCCCUGUGCCAGGCAGGGCCCGGGUGGCCCAGCACGGGUGGCUGCCUAGGACAGCGGCAGAAGGGCCCGCAGCUGGUUCCCUUACCGCGACCCCGGGCUGAGCCGGGCGGGCCGGGAUGGGGGUCGCCGGUUUGGCCGGGAGCGUUGCUCUGCCCUUGCUCUCUCCCGGGCCGAAUUCUGGAGGGGCUCCCCGGGCGGGAAAGCCCCGGGUGGGCCGCGGCGGGAGGCUGAACGCCCCUUUCCUGGGCGGGAACUGGCCGAGGCGUUAUAGGGCGGGCGGCGGCGGCGCCAGGCCGGCGACAUGAACCGGCUCGGGCUGCUGGGCGCUGUGCUGCUGGCGUGCUGGCAGACUGGCGCCGCUGUAAGGUGCUCUGCAAGGCAGUACGAGUACAAAGGCAGGUGCUGCGACCGCUGCCAGCCAGGGGAAAAGCUGGUCUCUGAAUGUGAUGGCACAGAAGAGUCUGUCUGCACCCGCUGCGAGAGUGGGCACUACCAGCAGAGCUGGACCAAGGAGAGGCACUGUGCGCCCCACGACAUCUGUGAAGACAAUGCUGGCCUCAUGGUGAAGACAGAAGGAAAUGCAACACACAACACAGUGUGCCAGUGCCGAGCUGGCAUGCACUGCUCUGAUGCCAGCUGCCAGACCUGCCUGGAGAACCUGCCCUGCCAGCGUGGCUUCGGCUUCGUGGCAGCCAAGGCCAUGGCCCGGAUGUCCUCUCCCUGUGAGCCCUGUGCAGAGGGCACUUUCUCCAACAUCUCCUCUAAAACAGAGCCCUGCCACCCCUGGACAAGCUGCGAGGAGAAGGGGCUGGCAGUGAAGGUGAAAGGGACGAACACCUCGGAUGUGAUCUGCGCAGAGUCGGGCGGGCGCUCCUCGCUGUCAGUGCUGAUCCCCAUCGCAGCUGCUGUCGUCACCUGCCUUGUGGGCAUCUGCAUCUACUGUCUGGUCCACACAGCUCCCAGGCGACAGGUGCAGAAGCAGAUAGAGGCUGGCAACAUGGAGAACGUGGAGCAGAAGCAGGCUGUGGAGAUGGGGGAUGACAUCUUACUUGGGCAGGAGACCCUGCUCAGACACCAGCCUGUGGCCCAGGAGGAUGGCAAGGAGAGCCGCAUCGCGGAGCAGGAGAGGCUGUGAGGGCACUGGGCACUGCCUGCACGGAGCACAGAUGAGGCCAGCAGUGCUGUCUCUGACCCCUCUGACUGAGGAGCAAAUCUGGCCUGGCUGAUGGGACAUGGCAGCAGACAUAGUACAAUCACCCCUGUGGCAGUGCCACAGCAGUGCCUGGCCUGGCUGCCCGCCCAGGGCUGCCAUGGCAGAGUCCACACAGGAAUGCAGGGCAGAGCCUGGUGCUAGCGCCCGCUCAAGGUGCUGUGGACAGAGCCCAGCAGCCUGCCUGCCAGAGGUGCCAGGGCUGAAGCGUGGGACCACCAUGGCAGAGUACAGCUUAGCCAUCCCCUGUAGCACCCAGGAGGUCCACCCGGGCUGGAGCUGGGCUCAGCGGGUGCUGGCGCUGCAGCACGGCGGGCACCUGGCGUUGAUGGGCUCUGCGCGGACAAAUAAAGGCAGGACUGGCUGUC